AUGGCGACCACUUCGCACAUGUUUAUGUACUCCCUAACGAUCCAGCCUCCCACUGCCGUCACACAAGCCAUACUGGGACAGUUUGCAGGCACCAAGGAACAACAGAUCGUCACGGCGUCUGGCUCCAAACUGACCAUCCAUCGCCCUGAUCCGGCACAGGGGAAGGUCACGCCGAUCUUCUCGCAAGAUGUCUUCGGCAUCAUUCGCUCGCUGGCGGCUUUCAGGCUGGCUGGCAGCAAUAAAGAUUACAUUAUAAUCGGGUCUGAUUCUGGUCGGAUCACUAUCAUCGAAUACGUCCCUUCCCAGAACCGCUUCAACCGCAUCCAUCUGGAGACUUUCGGCAAGUCGGGGAUCCGACGAGUGGUGCCUGGUCAAUAUCUCGCAGUGGAUCCCAAGGGACGCGCAUGCCUGAUUGCCUCUGUCGAGAAAAACAAACUGGUUUAUGUCUUGAACCGCAACUCGCAGGCCGAGUUGACAAUCUCGUCCCCAUUGGAGGCACACAAGCCACAAACACUGGUUUUUGCUAUGAUAGCCUUGGAUGUCGGUUAUGAAAAUCCUGUUUUUGCCGCUCUUGAGGUAGACUAUUCGGAAGCCGACCAAGAUCCCACUGGCCAGGCGUACGAGGAAAUAGAGAAAGUGGUGGUGUACUACGAACUCGACCUCGGUCUCAACCAUGUCGUUCGAAAGUGGUCUGAUCCGGUUGACCGCACAGCAAACAUGCUGUUUCAAGUGCCUGGAGGAGCCGAUGGCCCCAGCGGCGUCUUGGUGUGUGCGGAGGAUAACAUCACUUACCGGCAUUCCAACCAAGAUGCCUUCCGUGUGCCUAUCCCGCGUCGCAGUGGACCCACUGAGAAUCCGGAGCGCAAACGGACCAUCGUUGCUGGCGUGAUGCACAAGAUGAAGGGAGCCUUCUUCUUUCUCCUCCAAACUGAUGACGGUGACCUGUUCAAAGUCACGAUUGAAAUGGCAGAAGACGAUAACGGGCAGUUGACUGGUGAAGUCAGUAACUUGAAGAUUAAAUAUUUUGAUACCGUGCCCGUCGCCUCGAACCUUCUAAUUCUCAAAAGCGGGUUCCUUUACGUCGCGAGUGAAGCAGGAAAUCACCAAUUUUAUCAAUUCGAAAAGCUCGGCGAUGAUGAUGAGGAAAUCGAAUUCAGCAGCGAGUCAUUCUCGGCUGAUCCAUCCCUUCCUUGCGACCCGGUUUACUUUCGCCCCCGGGGUGCAGAGAAUCUCAAUCUUGUGGAAAGCUUGAACUCCUUGACUCCACUGAUUGACAGCAAGAUUGCCAAUUUGACCGAGGAAGAUGCACCCCAAAUCUAUUCCGUUUGUGGCACUGGAGCUCGCAGCUCUUUCCGAUCUUUGAAGCACGGACUAGAGGUUACCGAGAUCGUGGAGUCGGAGCUUCCCAGUGUGCCUUCCGCAGUGUGGACUACUAAGUUGACACGAAGUGACGAGUUCGACGCAUAUAUCAUCCUCUCUUUCGCCAAUGGCACACUCGUUUUGAGUAUCGGAGAGACCGUCGAAGAAGUCACCGAUACUGGGUUCCUUUCAACAGCGCCUACCCUGGCCGUACAACAGUUGGGCGAAGACUCUUUGAUUCAAGUUCAUCCCCGGGGUAUUCGUCACAUUCUCGCUGACCGCCGAGUGAACGAAUGGCCUGCCCCACAACAUCGUACCAUUGUUGCAGCAGCUACAAAUGAACGCCAAGUCGCAGUUGCUCUUAGUUCCGGCGAAAUCGUCUACUUUGAAAUGGACGCCGACGGGACUUUGGCCGAGUACGAUGAACGCCGGCAAAUGUCUGGAACCGUCACCGCGCUCAGUCUGGGCCGAGUUCCAGAAGGCCGAAUGCGCAGUUCCUUCCUGGCUGUUGGGUGCGACGAUUCGACCGUGCGCAUCCUUAGUCUAGAUCCGGACUCUACCCUUGAAAACAAAUCUGUUCAAGCUUUGACCUCCGCCCCAUCCUCUUUGAGUAUCAUGGCUAUGUCCGAUUCAAGCUCUGGAGGCACCACUCUUUACCUUCAUAUCGGCCUCUACUCUGGUGUCUAUCUUCGCACCGUUCUGGACGAAGUGACUGGUGAGCUCUCGGAUACUCGGACACGUUUCUUGGGAGCCAAGCCUGUGAAGCUUUUCCAAGCAUCUGUCAAGGGCCAGACUGCUGCCCUGGCUUUAAGCUCUCGACCAUGGCUUGGAUACUCUGAUAUUCAGACCAAGAGUUUUAUGCUUACACCCUUGGAUUAUAUCGGACUCGAAUGGGGCUGCAAUUUCUCCAGCGAGCAGUGCGUAGAAGGCAUGGUUGGAAUUCAAGGCCAAAACCUUCGGAUCUUUUCCAUCGAGAAGUUGGAUAACAACAUGCUUCAAGAGUCUAUUCCUCUUUCAUACACUCCUCGUCGCUUUGUGAAGCACCCUGAACAGCCCUAUUUCUAUGUCAUUGAAUCCGACGCCAACGUUUUGUCUCCCGUUACGCGAGAGCGGCUCAUACAGGAUUCCAAGAUGAGCAACGGUGAUGCCGCAAUCCUGCCGCCUGAAGAGUUUGGGUAUCCCCGAGGAACCGGACACUGGGCCUCGUGCAUUCAGAUUGUGGACCCGAUCACCACCAAAUCGGUGGUUUUUACUCUUGAGCUCGAAGACAACGAAGCGGCGGUCAGCGUUGCUGCUGUCUCGUUUGCAAGCCAAGAUGACGAGACCUUCCUGGUUGUUGGCACUGCAAAGGACAUGGUUGUCAGCCCUCCCUCCUCCUCUGGAGGCUUUAUCCACAUCUAUCGAUUCCAGGAAGACGGCCGGGAAUUGGAGUUCAUUCACAAAACCCCGACCGAUGAGCCCCCCCUCGCUCUUCUCGGAUUUCAAGGUCGCCUUGUUGCGGGUAUUGGCUCGUUACUUCGAAUUUACGAUCUGGGUGUGAAACAGCUUCUCCGCAAGUGCCAGGCGAAUGUUGUGCCCAGAGCCAUUGUGGGCCUCCAGACCCAAGGCAGCCGGAUCGUCGUGAGCGAUGUCCGUGAAAGUGUUAUUUUCGUUGUUUACAAGCAUCAGGAGAAUGCUCUGAUCCCCUUCGUGGAUGACUCCAUCUCGCGCUGGACCACGUCCACGACUAUGGUCGACUACGAGACCGUUGCCGGUGGCGACAAGUUUGGUAACCUGUGGCUGCUGCGUUGCCCCAGCAAAUUCUCCGAGGAGGCCGAUGAGGAGGGAUCCGGCGCCCAUCUGAUCCAUGAGCGAGGUUACCUGCAUGGAACCCCCAACCGUUUAGAGUUGAUGGUUCAUUACUACACCCAGGAUAUUCCCACCAGUAUGCACAAGGCUCAGCUGGUCGCCGGCGGGCGUGAUAUCGUGGUCUGGACCGGGAUGCAGGGUACGAUCGGCAUGUUUGUUCCGUUCGUCAGCCGCGAAGACGUCGACUUCUUCCAGAGUCUGGAGAUGCAACUGGCCUCUCAACACCCUCCUCUUGCGGGACGGGAUCACUUGAUCUAUCGCAGUUAUUAUGCACCUGCCAAGGGCGUCAUCGACGGCGAUCUGUGCGAGAUGUACCUUCUCUUGCCCAACGACACGAAGAUGAUGAUUGCUGCGGAGCUUGAUCGAUCCGUGCGGGAGAUCGAGCGCAAGAUUUCGGAUAUGCGGACGAGGGUGGCCUACUGA